AUGGCGAGCUCACCCCCGGCGUCGCCGGGAGGAAUCCUCCCAAGGCCAAUGAGCGCCAUCGCCAGCAGAACCCAAACCAGGAGUACCAGCAGGUUGAGUAUGACAAGCAAGACUGGAGGUGGAAGUCGAGCUUCAGACGAUGACAGUCGCACGGCGGUCAAAGUCGUUGUUCGUGUCCGACCGCCGUUAAAUGCUAAUGACCCUGGCUAUGAUCUUAUUCCUCAGCGAUUUCAACGUGCUAUGGUCCAAACGACUUCCGAUACCAGCCUUGCUAUCGAUUCACCGCAAGGCCGCAAACUAUUCGUAUUCGACCGAGUCUUCGGUUCCGAUGUUACGCAGGGCGGUGUUUGGAGUUAUGUUUCUGACUGCAUCAAUGCAUUCACACAGGGAUACAAUGUUUCUCUGAUGGCCUAUGGCCAGUCUGGCGCUGGUAAAUCCUACACUAUGGGCACUUCGGGCCCUGGCGAACAGUACGACGAAGAUUUGAUGGGUGUGAUUCCUAGAGCUGGCAUCGCUCUCUUCGAGAAGCUUGAUACUCCCAAAGCCUCCUCCCCUAAGGCAAACCGCAGUUCUCUGUCCCAUCUUCGAAGCCCUCGAGGUUACAGUCAGCAAAACGAGCUCGGUGACCGCGAUUGGUCGCUGAAGGCUACCUAUGUCGAGAUUUACAACGAACAAUUGCGCGAUCUUCUUGUACCCGAUACAACUCCGAUGAACGAGCGUGUGAACGUGGCUAUUCGUGAAGACACCAAGGGCAAUAUCAUCCUGACUGGCCUUCGACAAGUUGAAAUCAACUCGGUGGAUGAUCUCAUGAAUGCCCUCAACUUUGGAUCCGCUAUUCGCCAAACCGAUGCCACAGCUAUCAAUGCCAAGUCGUCGCGAUCUCAUGCCGUUUUCUCACUUAAUCUUGUUCAGCGCAAGAGCAAGUAUGGCUCCGACAAGCGCAUGUCCAUGCCCGUCGAGGCAAUGACGGGCCAGGAUGUUUCUGUAACAACUGACAGCAAGCUCCAUUUUGUCGAUCUGGCUGGAAGUGAAAGACUCAAGAACACUGGCGCUCAGGGCGAUCGUGCUAAGGAGGGUAUUUCCAUCAAUGCUGGCCUUGCUGCCCUUGGCAAAGUUAUCAGCCAGCUUUCGGCCAGGAACCCCGGAUCCCAUGUUUCGUACCGCGAUUCUCGACUAACUCGACUGCUGCAAGAUUCGCUCGGUGGUAAUGCCAUCACCUACAUGAUUGCUUGUGUCACUCCUGCCGAGUUUCAUUUGAGCGAAACAUUGAAUACUGUUCAGUACGCUCAACGGGCUCGAGCAAUUCAAUCUAAGCCACGAAUCCAAUCUGUUGAAGAAGGUGACAAGCAGGCCGUGAUUGACCGCCUCAAAGCUGAAGUGGCUUUCCUUCGUGAGCAGAUCCGUAGCGCCGAAAUUGGUGGCAGCAGCCCUCGGCGCACCGCCCAAGCAAGCGACCGAUCUGAUCGACACAACGAGCGCGAGACCGAACUUCAGACCCAACUUCUCGACACGCAAGAGAAUUACACUGCUCUUAGCCAGCGCCAUGCGCGACUGAUUGCCGAGUUGGCGCGCGCUCGUGAGAACGAAUCAGGCGAGAACGAACACGACGGUGCCCCUGGCGAUACAGCGACCGACCGUCUUAACCGAUCGAACUCCUUUGCGCAAGCCGUUGAGCAAGUCGUGCUUGAAUACGAGAAAACGAUUCAAUCCCUCGAGCAGUCACUUGCCAGUACUCGCAGCACAUUGUCCAAUACCGAGACUAACCUUCUCGAGAAGGAGACGAAAUGUGCUUAUGUCGAAACCAUCAACACGCAACUUUCAAACCGCCUGCAGAAGCUUAUGGAUCGAGAGAACAAUACCGAGAGCUACCUUCACGAUCUUGAGGCUAAGCUAGAUGGCCACACAAGCGGCGAGGAGAAGAACGCCACCAUCGUCAUGGAACUUCGUAAGGAGAUUUCCCGUAUUCGAGAGAAUGAGGCGUCGUGUGAAGACUAUAUCUCAACCCUCGAGGAGCGCCUUGCUGAGGCCGACCAAGAUGCAGAGCUGAUGCAGCGCGAAAUUGAUCGACUUGAGCAGGUUGUUGAGCGACAAAGAAGUCUCGGUAAAUUGGACUCACUUCUUCACGAGCUAGACCAGAUCCAAGAUGGUAAGGAUGCUGGUGCUGGAAAUGGAACCGAACCAACCAACGGUGUUGCAUCUCGUCGUGGAAUUGCAGAGCACUCUCGAAGCUUGUCCCACGUGAGUCGCCAAAGCCAAAUGGAGGACCCGAUUCCUGAAGGCGAUGAAGACCAGGGUCACUCUCGUACCAAGAUUGACACCGUGAAGGAAGUGGACGAAGAUGGCCUACGUCUUGAAAAGCCCGCUGAGUCGGAGCCUCCACCAAGCCCAGCGCAAUCUAAGUUUGUCGCUGACAAGCUCGAGAAUGUUACACAAGAGCUCAUUGACUUGCGCGUGGAGCACGAAUCCACCCUCAAUGACUACGACUCGCUUCAUGCCAAAUAUGAACAGGCCAUGCGUAGACUCGCCGAGAUGCAGGACGCUGUUGACGAAGCUCGUCACACACAAUACAAGCGCGAGUCUGUUGCAUCUCUGGCCACCCCGGUGCGCACUCGUCCCGAGUCUUUCUUAUCCGAUGGGAAGAUGAACGAGUUGAAGAACGGCACACGGUCGUCUUUCACCAGAUCACUUUCUUCGGAGUUGUCCUCGGCUAUGUAUUCGCCUGCUACUGUUGCCUCAUCUAAUGGCGAUGGCUUCUCUGAAGACGAAACCGCAACGGCCAAGCCCACAACACCCUCAACCGAGCAUCUGCCACAGGAUGAGAAUGUUGAGCUCGCCGCGGAGCUCCAAAGACUCAAGUCGAUGGCAGAAGAGCGGGAGGUUGCCGAGAAGGAACUUGCUGAGCGAUAUGCUGAGCUUGAGUUCAAGCAUAAUGAGACUCUUGAUAUUGUCGAGGAGCUUAAGACCGACUUAUCUCGGGCUCGCGUUAUGGAAGCUACAUCGCCUCGUGCUAGCACUCCUGUCAUUCGACGCAAGUCAAGCCAAAAUCUGCUAGUUGUUGACCGUGCCCAGCGCUCAUUCUCAUCACUACGAAACAUUGCUGCUGAGAACUUCGGCAGUCACCCCGAGGCCAUGCAGAGCUUCGAGCUCAACUUGAAUGCCGCUGUACAUGAGCUACACGUAAGAAGCGAGCGUAUUCAGGAGCUUGAGGCUGAUGUUGCGGCCGCCAAGAAGGAGAUGGAGACUAAGAUGACCAUUAUCUCGGGACUGACAAGGGAGCGAUCCAGUCUCAAGGCUAGUCCUGUAGAGAUGUCCAUGGUAGCAACACUGCGAGAUCAGCUUGAGCAGAACGAAAGACAGCUUACUGAUACAAGAAAAGCACACAUGGCUCGUGAGCAAGCACUGACGAUUGAGCUUGAAUCUUUGCGCCAAGCUCUUGCCAAGUCAGGCACCCAGGAAGCCGGCAAUGUUGACUUCAAGUAUGAGCAGCGUGUUGCUGAACUUCAAAGUGAGGUUGCUACCUGGGAGCAGAAGCAUAAGGAAGCUCUUGAUUCCAUGGAAACGACAGAAUUGCAAAUGCGCGGCACAAUCGAGGAGUUGGAAGCUCAAGUUGUAUACAACAAUACGCAGCUCUCAGCAUCCAGAUCUCAGCAGAAUGGAGAGACGAGUGGACCAGCCCAGGAAUCUGAGCAACGACAGCAAAAUCUCAUUAGCUUCUUGCGCAGCGAGAUUGACGAGUACAAGGCUAUCAUUAACAGCAACGCUACUAAGGUUGCUGAACUUGAGCAGGGUCACUCUGCAGCUCGCGCAGAACUGGAUGAGCUCCACAAGGUUCACAAUUCCGUCAAGGAAGAUAGCUCCCGCCAACUGGAACUUGUGACCAAGCUUCAAGAGCAGAUCGCCGCCCACGACCACACCUCGCAGAGCAGUCAGACCACGCUGGACGAGCUUAAGGCUGAGCACGCGAAGGCGCUGGCAGAUCUUAAGACCACUGAGCAGAAGGGAUACGAAGACCAGGUCGAAGUCUUGCUGUCUGAGCAUGCUGAGAGUGCUCAGCAACUGGAGGCAGAACUCGCCCAGACCCGCGAAGAACUGGCAAAGGCAGCUUCGCAUGUUGCUGCUGCUCUUGGCGUUGAUGCUGAGGUUGAGAAAUUGGCAGAGCGAAUUGACGAGCUCGCUGCCAGCAAGAAAGCUCUCGACGCAGAGCAGUCCAAGCGGGUCGAGAUCGAAUCAAAUGUUGCCGAGCUCACAACUAUCAACGAGCAGAUCAUGAAGGAUCUCGACGACGCCAAGGUAGCUCUAGGUGAGAUGAUUGAUGGUGGUGCUGCUUCUGGCCCUCUGGUAGAACAGAUUAAGAUAGCCAAGAAGAGGAUGACAGAUCUGGAUGAUCGCAGCAAGAAGAACAGUCGAUUGGUGGAGGAGCUGGAAGAGCAGCUUCAGACCAACUUCGACGAGGUUCAGAUCACCAACAACCGUCUGAGCACCAUGCAGACCGAGCGCAAUGCUAGGUUGGAUGACGCACAUGCAACCACUGCACGCCUUACGGCUGAAUUGGAAGUCUUGAAGGAAGAUUAUGCAGCCCUUCAGACCAAGAUGGAAGAAGUAGCGGCUGGCGUUCAGCGGUCGAACUCCAACUCGACGAUUCGCAAGAGCGCAUCUCACGUAUCUCUACCAUCACCCCCACCUGCUAUUCCUCUCCCUCCUCUGCCAAACGGUGCCACAUCUCCUGUGAAUGGCGCCCCCGGCUCACCAACUAACGGACGUCCCAUGAGCAAGGACAAUAUCAACAUCUCUCAAAUCACCGAAGAUCAGGAGGCGCGCAUUCGAACCAUCGAGAAGCAUCUUACUGCCGAACGUCAGCUCACGCAGACGCUGGAAGAGGCUCUUACUGAUUUGGAAAGACAAACCAACAAGGUCAAGGCUGACUGUGAUGCCUGGAAGAAGCGCGCCAGUGAGCUUGAAGCAGAGGUGAAGGAGCUUAAGGACCGUCCACCACCUGAGCCUGUCCAGGAUAACCGCUGGAGUCUUCAAGCUGUAGAGGAGGAGCGCAAGAAGCGACAAGCGGCCGAGGCUGCGCGACGCCAGCUCGAGGAGCGUAUGAACGCUAUCAGCAAGGGCAAGAAGAAGAAGGGAAGCUUGAACUGCUUCUAG